AUGCACUCUCUGCUUUCUUUUCUCUACCUGUUCUCGGUUUGGACAAAAGGAGCCAAGACAGUGGACCCCGCCUUGCCCUUCAUGGAGUAUCUGGACCAGAACCGUUUGGUCAGCCUGAACUGGGGCUUUGAUAACCCACAAGGAAACAUUACAUUUAAGCUGACAGUCAACACAACAGGCUGGGUGAGCUUUGGCUUCAGUCCGAACGGAGGCAUGAAGGGGUCAGACAUGGUUACAGGUGGAGUUAGACCCAAUGGAAUCUACUUCACAGAUGAAUAUGCCACAGGGAACUCCAAGCCCUUGGUAGACGAGCAGCAGAGCUACACUCUCCUCUCAAUGACUGAAAGCGACGGUCAAACCAUCAUGACCUUUCGGAGGUCAAUUCAGUCGUGUGACGGCCAAGACUUCCAUAUCACUGAUAAACCCAUUAAACUAAUCUAUGCCUAUGGAAAAACAGAUGAGAUCACUUACCAUGGGGAUCUUAGGGGCACCAAGGAAGUCAAUCUGCUGAACUAUAAGUCCAGGACGACGUCAACCAACCUCAACUAUCUCAGUGCAACAGUGGAAAAUAUCACUAUACCUCAGACUCGUACCUACUACCACUGCAAGGUCAUGCAGUUUCCAAACUUAAAAACAAAACAUCAUAUAUAUCAGAUUGAACCAGUGAUUGAGAACGUUGACAUGGUGCAUCACAUGCUGCUGCACCGCUGCCCCACCUUUGUGGUGAAGCCCUACGACAAGCCGUGCUUCAUGGGCGACAUAGGGGAUGCCUGCUUCGGGGUGGUGGCUGCAUGGGGAGUGGGAGCAGGGGCAUAUGAGCUUCCAGAAAAUGUGGGUAUUCCUGUUGGAAGUGAAGACACGUUCUAUCGGCUUGAAAUCCACUACAAUAAUCAAAACAGAACAGCUGGUAGGACAGACAGCUCAGGAAUGAAACUGCACUAUACAGCCCAACUACGGCAGUAUGAUGCGGGAAUCCUGACCACAGGGAUGCUGCCACUUCACCAUAUCAGCUACAACAUCCCUCCGAAAGCCACUCAAUUCCACACCUACGGUGUGUGUAAUACCACCCUCUUUUCAAAGCUUUUGAAUCCUGUGCCUGAACUGCAAGUGUUCGCUAUUAUACUGCACACUCACUUGGCUGGGAGGAAGGUCAGAGUUGGCCAAUACAGAAAUGGAGAGCAGAUAGACUUCUUGGGUUUGGAUGAAAACUUCAACUUUGAGUUUCAGCAGGUCAUAAGUUUGGGAAACAUCAAGACCAUUAAGCAGAGUGAUGAGAUUGCAGUGGAGUGCACCUACAGUACUACUGAUCGCACCAAUGUCACGAAGAUGGGAUUAGCAACUACUGAUGAGAUGUGCCUGGCUUUCCUAUUCUACUACCCUGCAAUCAAGAUCAACACAUGUGUCAGCCACCCAAAUACAAGCACGUAUAAGGACCAGGAUGACAUAGCUGCACAGGAGCGUUUACUAAAGAAACUUCCACAAAUUCAGUACAUCUCUGAUGACAAUACCAACUCAUCAUUUAACUUAUAUGGCACAGUCAGAGAGAUGAUGAAGACACCCAGUGACACUUGUCAUAAUAACAACGCGGCAAGCAGACUCAGCACUUCCUGGAUUAUGGACCCAGCAGGAAUUGUGCUACUGCUACUCUGGAUUGCAAUGAUGUAACAUGGUUGUAUGAGCAACAGCUCCAAACCAUUGCAAUCUUGAUUUAAAAAAGGCACAGUUGAUCAAAUAUUAUUCUAAUUAACUGGCUAUAUUAAACUUCACAGGAAAGGGUGUAUAACGUUUUCUGAUUUAUUUUUUUCCAUGCAUAGCACAUCUUUUGUCUUUAUUAUUGAUUAUUAAUCACAGAUUAGGUUAUAGUGUCAGUAAUUGAAUUACUUUUAAAUAUAUACAUAAAUAUACAAAAUUACAUGCAUUGGUGAAUAAGGUUUUAUCAUAUUGCCCAACAAUUUCUCAUUUAGUCUAUGCACAUGACAUGGCUAUGAAUGUAAUAAAUGGCACGAACACUGUUAUCUGUUUGUGUACAUGUUGUGUUAAUUUCAUGCACUUAAGCCUAAUUGCUGGUAUUUAUAUGUAUAC